UGUGAGAGAGAGAAAGAGAGAGAGAAAGAGAAAGAGAGAGAGAGACAGAGACAGAGACAAAGACAGAGAGACAGAGAUCUUUUUUUUUUUCUCUCCAGUUGAACAGAAAUCUUAAUCCUAUUUAUGAUUACUUAUACCACUGCAGUAAAUCCAAAUAUCUCAGGACAGAAAAAGGUUUUCCAUCAAUACAAUGAACGCCAUGGGUGUGUGGCCCCGGAUCGUCGUGCUCUUCCUGGUUGUGGCAACAGUAAGGGCUAACGAGAAAGGUACGGUGAUUUCAGACGGGAACAAAUUUAUAAUGAACUGUCCAGCUGAAGGUGAUUGGUACAUGAAUGAAAAAAAACUAAAUGGAGAUAAGACUCGAUCCCUCGAAAAGGAGUACGGAAGUGACACCAAGGGCUUAUACAGCUGUAAAUACACGGAGGAUGGCACUGAAAAAACAUAUUUUUUCUACAUUAAAGGAAAACCGUGUGCCAACUGUUGGGAGCUCGAUGGACUCUUCCUGUUAACCGCCAUUGUUGCAGAGGUGCUGGGGACAGUUGUUUUCAUGACCAUCAUCUACAAGUGCACCAAGAAGAAAAGCUCAGGUGGACCUGACAAGACGCCACAAAAACCUUCUCGUCCAGGAGGCCGAGCUCCACAAGCCACCUCUUCUGAUUAUGAGCAACUGAACCGCACACGUGCGUCGGACCCUUACGCUUUCGUGAAUCGGAUGGGCUAGAGCGGAGUCGCCAAAGUUGGACGGACACCUUGACAGAAGUGUGCCGCACGUUCCAGUCUCAUGGAUUUACCCAUUCACAUUCAGUAUUAUUGAUUACAUUUGUAAAGAAAUGUUUGUGUUCCUUUAAUUCAGUACUUCUCAAAUAUUGGAGGGGGGUGGGGGGGAUCGGGGAGGUGCAUGGGCGUCUAUAAUCCAAUGCGUCCAAUGGAAUGUGGCACGCUGGACAUAGGUGUACCACUGCUGAAAUGCUUGAAUGAGCCUCCAGUCACUAGGUGGCAGCAACUCAGACAUUGGUUUGUACAGAUAAAAAAUAUAAACGUUAUCAGGUUCUCAAUAGUAUUUCAAUUUGCGGCGGUGUGUGUCGGGGGGGUAAAAAAUGUUUUGUCCCCACGAGGGGGAGAGGGGGGGGCUACCAGGUGACCCCGGGCACCACGUUGGUGACCCCUGGUUUAGAGUGUGUUAUUAUAUUUUAACCUGUGUCAUCCCAAAUAGUACUGUAAAAAUUGUAAUUUUUUUAAAAAUUUACUUUUGCCGAGUGGUGACGCUCCAGUCCUCCACCAGAGGGUUCUGGGUUCGAUACCAAUUCUGGACGAUUUCUGUGACGACCUCUGAGGAAGGGGACAGGCUGGAAGAGAAGAA